AUGCUCCCCGCCGCUCUCCUCUCGCCGCCGCGCUGCCUAUCCGUCUCCCCUCUCCGCUGCCACGCCGCAACCCAGCAACCCGCCGUCUCCCGCGGCCUGCUCCUCCGCGGCGCCGGCUCCCCCGUCGUCAAGCGCCUCCCAGCCGGGGACUGGCUCCUCUGGUACAACUCCGGCGCGCGCGUCGCGCUCGCCACCUCUCCCGACGGCCUGCGCUGGAGCGCCCCCGUCGCGCCCGACCCGCUGCUGCCCUCCACCGACUGGUGGGUGUUCGACACCGCCGUCAUCCGCCCCGCCGACGUCCUCGUCAUCUCCGGCCCCGACGCCUCGUCCCGCCGCUUCCCGUCCUCCGCCGUGUACUGGCUCUACUACACGGGCUCCAACGACGAGCGCUUCGCGUCCCCGUUCCCCGCCGCGGACGUCGCCGCGCUGCCGGGCCUCGCCAUCAGCCAGGACGGCCGCCACUGGGCGCGCAUCGAGGGGGCCCACCACACCGGCGCGCUCCUCGGCGUCGGCGAGGACCACCCUCAGGGCUGGGAGAAGCGCUGCGCGGCGGCUCCCAAGGUGGUGAUGCACGCCGAGGGGGACCUCAGGAUGUACUACCACUCGUUCGACGAAAUGUCGCAGAGGCACGCGGUCGCGGUGGCGAGGUCCAGGGACGGUAUCCGGUGGACGAGGGUGGGGAAGGUGCUCGAGGGGGGCGGGCCCGGGUCGUUCGACGAAGGCGGGGUGCGGCGGGGGCAUGUUGUCCGUGACCGUGCCGCUGGUCGGUACGUCAUGGUGUACGAGGGUUCGGACAUGAGUGGCCGGGUGAGCAUUGGGAUGGCCGUGUCAGAGGACGGGCUGAAGGAUUGGAGGCGGUGCAGUGAGUGGCCAGUGCUGCACCCAUCGGAGGAGGAUGACGAGUGGGAUGCUGCUGGGGUCGGCUCCCCGUGCUUGGUGCAAAUGGAUGGGCCGUAUGAUUGGAGACUGUAUUACAUGGGCGUAGGGAAGGAUGGCGAGGCUGCAAUUGGGAUGGCAUAUUCUGAGGGUCAGGGUCUUCCCAGGUUUGACAAGUGUGAUGCUCUUCUCAUGUAAGGUGAGGAGUCUUGUGUAUGUUUCACUGAAUGUUGAUGCUCAACUUCUGCAUGGCUCAUCUGAUAAUUCUGAUCAUGGUACAAAAAAAUGAUUUGAUUUCUCGAUUCA